ACUGGCUUUGAUCUCUUAUCUCGAGCUUAGCCGUUCGGCAUUAGUUGCCAUGGUGAUUUACGAUUUUUCGUAGGGACGGAAAACCGAGAGUUAAAACUGAGUCAAAUCCUGCUGCUUCGUAGUACUUUAGCUCCUAAAAUACAUCUAAACAAACCCACGCGGGCGCGCUGUGAAACGAAGCCUCUAACGUCAUUGGUCACGUGAUUCUGCUAGAGCCAAUGAAAGCUCCGAUACGAAGCUUCAUUGUAAACUGUCUCAUUUUGUGUUGACACGCGCCUUGGAGCUCCGGAAACAUCGCUAGCUUCCAGAGGCACCAGCUCAAAAAACGAUGUCGGAGAAAGGAGAAGUGGACUUAACCGGCGCCAAGCAGAACACGGGCGUAUGGCUUGUAAAGGUGCCCAAAUACCUCUCUCAGCAAUGGGCUAAAGCGUCUGGCAGAGGCGAGGUCGGGAAACUCCGCAUCUGCAAGAAAGGAAACCAAGGAAAAGCAGAGGUCAGUUUCACUCUGAAUGAAGAGCUGACGGUGCUCGAGGGUUUAGAAUCCAAGACGGCGACUGUUCCUCGUGAGCACCCGUUCACCAUGCAGUCAGUGGGAGGGCAGAUGUUGGCGGUCUUCACAGAGAAUUCAUCAGGCCAGUCAGAAGAGAGAUCUGAUGGUGUCAGCUCAGGUUCGGGGGCGGGGGCAGGUCCAGAUAGAAUAGCCUUGGAGGGAGUGGUAGUGCAACGGGCAGAGUGCAGACCUGCUGUUAGCGAAAGCUACAUGAGGCUGAAGAGGUUACAAAUAGAAGAGUCCUCCAAGCCAACGCGGCUGUCGCAACAGCUGGAAAAAGCUGUCACCAGCAACUACAAACCUGUGGCCAACCAUGCAUACAAUCUCGAGUAUGAUCGGAAAAAGAAAGAGGAGGGCAAGAGAGCACGAGCGGACAAACAGCAGGUGUUGGAUAUGCUGUUCUCUGCUUUUGAGAAGCACCAGUUCUACAACAUCAAAGACCUGGUGGACAUUACCAAGCAGCCUGUGAGUUACUUGAAGGAAAUCCUGCGAGAUAUUGGCGUCUACAAUGUGAAGGGAACACACAAGAACACCUGGGAGCUCAAGCCAGAGUACCGACAUUACCAAGGAGAGGAAAAGACUGAUGAAUAGACCCCGACCCUGCCACGGUCGACGCACCACCUCUUCAUUGGAUGGGGGGUCCCUGCCUGAUCAGGCCUGGGUUGGGCCUUGGAGCUCACUCCUGAUUUCCUAACAUCGGGUUUCAAAACACACCAGAUUUUGAGGUGAAGCUGAGGUUGAGUUUUUCAAAGGAGAGGCUGUAGUAUCUUCUCGUUAUUUUCUAGAAGACGAGAAGAAAGGGGCGAUGAGAAACAACUUAAAGCUUAUGCUCAAGUGUGCCCUGUCUCCUCCUGAUGUGGUCAAAGCGCCAGCAAACUUUCAAGGUAAAAGCCCAUGGUAUUUGAUUUAGUUUUGUCUACCAGGGGCACGGGACAUAGUAUUUCAUGGAGCAGAGGAUGCAUUUCUUAACUUUUCUUAAUUAUUUUUUUAUGUCUUGAAAUAAGUGGGAAGAUGUUAAAUUGAUCAAACUUAAGGAUGGGGUAUGUGUUUUUUUUUUUUUACAACCUCACAGAUUUCCCCACCAAAACAAGUUCAGCCUGUACACAGAUUAGCGAGAUUUUAAGGCCAGCACCCUUAAUGUAAUCCUAAAUCCUUCACGUCCCCACAUUACUAAAUGGUCACGUAAAUUUUAAACUGUUUUACAUUUGAUUGACGUAUGUAAUAAAUGUUUCAAUAGAAAAAAAAA